GAUUUUAAAUUUCUUUACGUCAAACUCAAACAGCUGAUUGUCAAUGUCGUUGUCAUUUGAAACAUACCGUUGCUAUUUACCUUUAAUCCUAAUAUUUGUAAUUACAUAUAACGUAUUAAAAUAAUGUCAUUAUCAAGACUUUAUAAUGUUUUUACUAGAUACAAAGUUACAGUUGCUAAAAAUUCAGUGCAGUCGAGCAAUUUCGAGCAUGUGUUUUCUUUUCCUUUCGUUGGUUACUUUGCCUUAUUAAAUCGACUUAAAGUAUAUCAUUUCUUUGGAUCUUGUGCAGUUAUACCUAGUACUGGUUUAUUAGAAUUGACGAGUGUUAUACCUGAAUCGACUUUCUAUGCCGCAUUAUACAUAGGAAUAACAGGAGGUGUUGUUUUAUCUUUGGCUUCUUUACCAUUUAAGAAUGUAAUCGGUCACAUUUAUAUAAGUGAUGACAACAAUUUUAUUAAAAUAUCGUCAAUUGAUUUUUAUGGACGAAGAGUAGACAGAAUUAUCAAAACCGAGGAAUGGAUCCCGAUAUUGGAUAUGGAACCAAGAAUAUUGGAUGCUUUUUAUUUAAAACCAGAGCUAACCGAUGGAACAAAAUACAAGCUUCUCAUUAAGUUUGGUACUGUUAAAAAUUCUAGAAAAAUGGGAGAAGUUCUAGAAUAAAAUUCACAAUUUAAUGAAAUUUGAUUUACAUAAUGUAGAUUAUUAGUUUAAAACCAAUGAGCCUGUAUAAAGAUAGUUGUGUAAAUAAAUUAAUAUAAGUACA